CACCGCACCUUUAAGGGGGAGGAGGUCCAUUAAAACAGUCGCACCAAGAGCCGGGCGCCUUCAGUCGGAAGUCAGGACUUGAGCAGCAAUCGUGUGAUAGCUACAGGGAAUCAGUGUUGUGUGGUAGAGUGAGAGAAGCAGAUACAGAGCGGAAUCGAAAGCAGUGGCCGUGUGUGUAGUAGCACUAGAAAAACGUCCGUCAAACGUUUACACAUACCUUAGGUAAACUAACCACAACUCCCGCGCGGGAAGAAACAAGCAGACAACCAUCAACGCAUCAACAGUCACCAUGAGUGCUCGCCGAGGACUUCGCACGCGCGUGUACGACGCCAACAUGAGCAUGGUCGAGAACAACUAUCGGGCCGCGCUGGAGCGUCUCGAGAAGAGCCGUCGCGCACCGUCGCUCGAUCGGGAGGUGAAGCCACGCGCCUCCCCGUUCGUCAGCCGGUACGACUUUAAUGGGGCCGAUCUGGACGAGGAGCUGCAGGUCGCCCGCAGCCGCGCCUCGCGCGUAAUCCACGAGAAGUCGACCAUCGACCAGCGGGCGGAGCAGUUCCGCAGCUCGAGCCUGGCGCCGGCCCCGGUCAGCUCGGCCCUGGCGCUCGAGGGCGAGUUCGACGAUCAGGUCCAGGCGACGCUAGACCGUAUCCGUGCCAGCAAGAAUCUGCUCAGCCAGCUGCAGUCGGACGAUGCCCUGGAGUCGUACCGGUCCGAGACGCGCUCGAAGCUGAGCGAACAGACUGCCCGCAAGCUGGCGGACAAGAUGGCGAUGGUGAACAGCGACGAGGAUGACUUUGUCUCCACCGGCAUGACGGCACGCAAGGCACUCAAGAUCCGUGCCAGCACCGAAUCGUCCUCGGUGGCCAAGAGCUCGCAGGCGCUCAAGUGGAAGGACGAGACGGCCGAAUCGUACGCGAGCAAGCGGGCGAGCGCAACCAAGGCCCGGCUGCAGGACAUCGACCAGGAGAUGGAGGAGUUUGAGGCGAAGCAGGCGGCCCGUGCUCGCCGUAACGCUCAGCUGAAGCAGCUGCUGGCGGAGACGGCCGCCCAGGACAUUGUGCCGGCGAGUCUGAGCGAGCACGCGGACGGCAUGAAGGUGACGACCGGCGUGCUGAAGGUGAAGACGACGCAGAAGAAAAUGGUCAGCUUUUAAGGGAGGAAGAGGUGAGGGAGGGGGAAAAGAAACUUUGUCCAAACAGGCGCGCGCGCGUUUGUGUGUGUGUUGUUGACGUUUUAGUUUGAAUCUCUUGCAUUCUUGUGUAAUAUUUUUCUGUUGUUGUGGUAAUACGUACAGUUUUGUAGGGCCAAUCAGAUCUAGCUGGUAAGAUGUUAGUUACUAUCCCAGAGAAUGAGAGAUAAAGGAGAUUAGGGAGAGGAGAGCAGCCGAAGCAAGGCGCAAUGUCUCUAUGUAAGUGUGUGUAAAAAAAAAGGUAUAAAAUGCGAAUCUCCUGGGAGUGCGAGGAGAAAGCAGACAGAAGGACAGAUUAGGAGGAAAGUAAAUCGGGAACCAAAUCGGCCAUAAACCGAUGCAGCUAAUGGAUGCUUUUCUUUAAAGACAGCAAUAUAUUUGUACUAAACAUCA